AUGUUAGUAUGGGAGGAUUUAGGAGAGAUGGCAAUGGGGGCAGGAGGUGCGUGCGGGAGGACGCCUAUAAACACGGCCGCUGCCAGUUUAAGUCCCUGCCUUGGGGCGGCCAAGAAUGCAAGGGUGAAGGUGCCACCAGCAUGCUGUGCCAAGGUUGGUGCAUUGUUGAGGACGGCACCUAGAUGCCUCUGCGCUGUCCUUCAAUCCCCACUUACCAAGAACGCGGGUAUUAAUGCCGGAAUCGCUAUCACCAUCCCUAAACGAUGCGGCAUCAAGAACAGACAGGCUGGGAAGAAGUGCGGAAGAUACACUGUGCCAUAA